GGUUCCCUGGGAAGCUUUAUGAAAACAAGGAAAAGAACCAAGCAAUUGACAUUUUCAUUUGAGACAUAGGAAACGGAAACAAACGAAGGGACCGACAUGGCUGAUUACUCAUCUUAUAAAGAGACCUCAAAUCGGCAUUUGCGCUUCAAACUUCAGAGUCUCAGCCGCCGCCUUGAUGAGUUAGAGGAAGCAACUAGAAAUCUCCAGAAAGCGGAGGAUGAGCUUUUAGAUUUGCAGGACAAAGUGAUCCAGGCAGAAGGCAGUAACUCCAGCAUGUUGGCUGAUGUGGAAGCCUUGCGAAAGAGAGUUCUGAAAAUAGAAGGGAAAGAUGAAGAGAUCAGAAAGGCAGAAGAGCUUUGCCAGCUGAUGAAGGCCAAGCUUGAGGAAGAGGAAAGCCUCACUCGAGAGCUGAAAUCUGAAAUCGAGAGGCUUCAGAAGCGAAUGGCUGAGCUGGAGAAACUGGAGGAGGCUUUUGGUCGGAGUAAGAACGACUGCACUCAGCUUUGCCUCAGCCUCAAUGAGGAGAAAAACCUGACCAAGAAAAUUUCAACAGAACUGGAAGUUCUUAGGGCAAAAGUGAAAGAACUGGAACAGUCAGAAGACCGGCUUGAUAAAACGGAGCAAAGCUUAGUGAGUGAACUGGAAAAACUGAAAUCUUUAGCCCUCGUUUUUGUCAGCGAAAGAAAACACUUCACUGAAAAGGAGAAGCAGAAUGAAAAGUUGAUACAAGAGCUCACCCAACAGCUGGAACAGAAUAAUAAACUUAACCGUGCUGACCAAACACGCAAUACAUCAAAUCUGCUGGAGAGAUCAUCCAAUAGUAUAAUUGACAGAAAUGACCUAAGGAUUGAGGUUGACUUAACAACUUCAGCACUAUCCUCAAAAGAAACCAGAAGAAAAGCCAGUUUGGACUACCUAAAGCUUGUGGAAAACGAAGCUCGAAACAAAUCAGAAAACCAGAAGAAUAAAAACCAAGAAGACAACAAGGUGAAGGACCUCAAUCAAGAAAUUGAGAAGCUCAAGACCCAAAUUAAACAUUUUGAGUCUUUAGAAGAGGAGCUUAAAACCCUAAGAGCCAAAAACAAUGACCUUCAUGACAACUACUUGAGUGAACAGAAUAAGAAUAAGAUCCUUGUGGGCCAGCUGGAAGAAAUAAAAAUGCAGAUGAAAAAGCAGAAAGAGCUGGAGAAUGGUGAAGCAGAGAUGGAGGAAGUGAACUUGCCCAGCAGAGUUAAGCAUGACCGACCCAAGCAUCGAACUGUUACAGCUGAGUCCGCAGUUUCCAAACAUAAGUCACGGGAACUUUCACCUCAACACCGGCGGGAGAGGCUACGCAAUCGAGAAUUGAAUAAUGAAUGUUAUGGCCAAGGUAGUAAGCGAGUUACGAGCCCUAAUAUGAACAGCAGAAGGGCAGCCAAAACAUCGAGUACAUCCACUUUGUUAGACACCUUAGGAACUGAUGCUAAACGGGUAGAAGACAAAACAACCUUGGGCAUGAACAAUUCUCCACCAAAAGACAGCAGCACCUCUCCCGCUGAAGUGAAGAAAUGUAGGGAGCAGCCUCCAGUGCUUAGCCGUUAUCCACCUGCAGCCCAGGAGCAUAAAUCUUGGAAGGUCUCUUCAAAACCCAAAAGUGAAAAUACCAUGAGGAAUAGAGUUGAAAAAGUAUCCCAACCACUGAAUGAUGCUCAUCAUGUUAGACCUGAUGAACUUGAAGACCAGCCCAGCAAACCAGAAUCUGUAGUACCAUCUUCUGAAAGGGGGCUAAAGAUGCCUGUCACAGAAUCAUUGGUUCUUGCAACAGAGACUCGGACCUCCAAAGUUAACUGUGGGCCAUCAAAUGGUGCUGCUUUGUCCUAUGGGCAGUAUCUCUCAGGAGAAACACUAACUUCUGAACCAGUGGGCUUGAAGAUGGAAACUACGGUUUCAGCUCGCAGGCAGCACUUGGAAGAGGGCUCUCAAAAGACAUUCAGCUUCCAAGAUAGAGAGUCUAUGGACCCUCCACUAGAAAUAACAAAAUCUUCUCUUUUAUCAAAGUCUUGGCUCAUUUCGAGAAGCCAAGAAGAUCUCUUGCAGAGUCAUCCAAUUCCUCAAAAAGAAGAAAUAGACCAAACUCUUUUGUCGACUGUAAACUGCAACAGUUUGGACCUAAAAGCAACAGUGGCAAGAUCCAAAGCUGUCAAUCCCAGCUGGAUUGAGAAAUCUGGCAACAGUGAGGGGACAAGCAAAAUUGGAAAUAUUUCUGCUACGUUUGACUUAGGAAUAAAAAAAGAAAUCGCUGCCCGAGAAUUCACAAGUUCCAAAGGAUCAGUUCAUACACUUUCCUUUGAGAAUGAUAGAAAUGCUAGCAGCGAAGAAGACCUCAGUAGACAAUCCAAAAUGGCAGCAGCUGGUGCGAUGUCAGGAUUGAAAUCCCGACGGCCAUUUAGUCCAAGAGAAGCUCUGCGCUCUAAAGCUGUCAUCAAACCUGCAAUUGUGGAGAAGGAUGUUAAGGAAAUCAUGGGUGGUGUGGGUUCUGGUCUGGAAACCAGCUUUGAAAAACAGCAUCCCACCUGUAAGACAGUGGCACAUAAAAUGACCAGCAGUAUCACCAUUUACCCAUCUGAGCCAAUUAUUUCAAGGAGCAACACAACGGAUGCUACAAGGGAACAGCUGCAUGCAACAGUUGGCAGUGUUCAAAUCAUUCCAAAUGAACUAUCACCAGGAGCAGACGCAGCCAGCAUUCCUAAUGAGUUAUCACUUAACAAGAGCAGUAUAACCUUGAAGUUACCAGAGACUGAUAAAAAUGGAGACCCUGUUCUGAGAAGCAGAGUAGAAACGGUCAUCUCCAAAAGUAGUAUUACAAUAAAGCCUUCAGAGACCACUGAAAAAAACAGUGAACCACCCAUGGAGACAGGUGGUUGGAAGAGUCACAGUACUUUGGGGACACACUCAUCUGAGACCAAGCACGUGACGGUAAGAAGCUCAUGGCGGACAAGGCGAGGAUUGCAUCCUUUGGAAGACUCUGCAGCCAAGGUGGUUGAACAUGCAAAUCCUCGGACUCCAUGCAGGUCAUCUACCGAUCCUUCUAAACCAGAAGGGAUGACGGCACGCAUCUAUGCGAUUGAGCAGAAUUCCAGAAGGGCCAGUGCCAGGAUAAACUCUUGGAAUACUCCAGAAUUAGACUCUAGAAGGACCAAAAGUAGCUUGAGUGCAUCUGAGAUGCUGAGCCAGAAAAGCUGUGUCAGUGACCUUGUGACGGCUUCCCCUUGGAAUUGCACAGUAAUGCCAGAAGACAAGAAAGAUUUUGCUCCUAGUUCCAGAAGAAAAACAUACGGCUCCUCUGAGCAACUGACACCAAGGAAGAGGCCAGAAAUCAAGGUGGAACUGCCCCGCCAAUUCCCGAGCAGCAGGGCCGAGGAGCGGAGGCGGUGGUCCAGAGACCACUUGGAAGCCAACUGAAGUAAGGCUGAGGCGCAUUUCCUGUAGCAGUUUGCAUGACCUCCAGACCUGGAACUCCAUCUUUCUCCUUCUGCUGCUGCUGCCAGUCCACCAUGGGGACUGAAAUGGUGCCUGACCUUUACCCCUUUCCAUGCUGAAGCUCUCUCCCCCUUCCCCCCAACCUAGGAUUGACUUUUCUUUUAAUGGUGGCUUUGCGUUUUCCUUCCCCUCAGUGAAGGAGGAUGUGGAGACUUUGCUCAGGGGAAUCCCACUCUGGAACCUUACCGAGCUCGAAUCAAUGGAAACCCUCAGCUAGCAACUGGCCGGAGGCCUCCAAGAACUUUGGAUUCUCAGCUUGGGGGUUUGUUGACUCUGUUCCUGGAGAAACUUUUGGUUUUGUUUGACUUGAAAGUCCCACGGAGAACCACUCUGGACUUGUGUCUGCUGGUCCUCAGCUUUGGAGAGCCAUUUACCCGACACCUCCUGGCCACAAACUCUUGAAGAUGCAGCUCCAGAAAGAAUGGCCUAGCAGGGAACGUGGGCCAUUGUUUCACAGUAGCAGCCCCUCUUCUUCCCCUCGUCGUCCGCACUGCAACAGCUUGGCUCAUACUGAAUGUUUGGCUGAGCUGCACGGAGAAGCAAUAAAUGGAGAUGCUUCUGUUCCAGCAUCUCCUGCUCCACGGGCAGGGACUGGGGCAGCAGGGCUCUUGGGUUCUCUUUGGCCUCAAAAAAAAUCUCUGUUUCCUUUCUUGAUGGCACAGCACACUCCUUGCAAGCCCAGCCAGACGGGAUACGCAACUCUGCCUGGACUGGGCUGGUUAGAGCGAGAAAUCCCAUUGGCAAGCCUCCUGCUCUGCCCCCAACCCAAUCUCACCCUGAUCCAAGGGCAGAGACCUGCCUGGGACCCAGCACGCUUGGUGGGGCUGUUCUGACAUUACUUGAACUAACCCCUGGAAGAAUCAAGUGUGGCCAGCAGUCGGAGGUGUCUGAUUUGUUCAGCAGCUCAAUGCAUCCUUGGGGGGGAGGGGGGACACAUUCCUUUAUUUCUGCUACCUCACCACUUGCUUGGACAAAAGGACCAGCGUAUAAUCUUCCAGAGACACAGUGGCUGCCCUCUUCCACCUCUGAAACAGCAAACUGAACUUUGUUCACACAAUCAUCCCAGCCCCCCACCCCCAGGUCUGUUUUCCACCAUCUUCUGUGCAUUUUGCUCAGAUGCUGCUGUAUUGUAAGUCUUCUUACCUGCCCCUGCCCCAGUUUGCUAAGGUGGGACUCAAAAACUGAUCAGAAUUAGCUGCUCUUCCCUUUUAAAAUGAGCCUCUCUCAUGCGCAUGUACAUGCCGAGCACUAAAAUGAUGGGAACCAGUUUGGAAGUUCUCUAGGGCAUGUAACCUGUGAGUUGCCAUUCACCCUUCAGCUGUUUGACAAGAGAUGUGCAUCUGUUCCAAGGGCGCUUUGAGGAUGCAAUUAUUAUGGCAGCCAGUCCACGUGGGUCAGCUAACAAUAAUGGGUUAAGGAGGGAGCUCUGCAGAGGAGCAUCAGCCGGUAGGGUUGCUGAGCCCUUUGCUCACUUGCACACCUUCCCCACCGCUAUUACCUGCAAAGCUUCUGUUUUUCCUGGAUAGCUGGGAGCAAACACAGGAAAGUUUUGAGGUGUGAAAAUCUGUGGGUACCGAGUUUCUCCUUUUCCUGUUCAUGUCCUCCUGCAAGUUGCCUCACCCACACAUUGGGAUGCAAACAUGGGGCUGAUGGGCCUGGGAUCUAAAACCCAAUUUAUAUUCCUAUUUGUUUGGUUGUUUUCUCUUUUUACCUCUCAGUUCCCUGGGAACAGCCUUACAUUCCCCUGCUUUUGCUGUCCUUCUGCUUCAGGAUAGCAGUUGGUGCACGCACUCCAGUGGCCCUUUUCGGAGAGGGGAAAAUAGAGGAGCAGCCCUGCACCACCACCACCUCCUGGUCAACCUCCUAUUCAAUGCUUGGCUUUCUCAAAAAGCAUUUGAUGGGUGGUCUGAUAGGUUUAGGCCUCAAGAUGUAGCAUUCUGCGCUUUAAAAGGAUUUGCCUCCCUCUAAGCCGGUGUUUCUCAACCUUGGUAAGUUUAAGAUGGGUGGACUUCAACUCCCAGAACUUCUUGGGUUCUCGUUGGCCUCAAAAAAAGUCUCUGUUUCCUUUCUUGAUGGCUUUGUUGGCUGGGGAAUUCUGGGAGUUGAAGUCCACCCAUCUUAAACUUUCCAAGGUUGAGAAACACUGCUCUAAGCCAUCAUUGCCCUAUCCAACCAUAUGCUAGGGGAACUUCCAUUGCAAUCCCUGGAAAGCAAACCAUGAUGCUAAAUGUUAAGUGGCACCAUCUUUACUUGAGAGAAAAGAACCCACGUCCCCCAUCUCUGUCUCUUUCCUUCAAAGAUGAGUGGCUGUGUUCACACCAUAGGCUAAGCCAAGAAGCGUGGUUCACAAGUGCGCAUGUUUCACACCAUCUUUUUCCCACGGAAUGUGAGUUUAAUCAAAAGCUGAGGCAUACUGUGGCAUCCAGACCUGGAGUUGUUAGCACAUCAGACUUACAGAAACAGGAGGUUAUAACCAUAAUACAUUAUAUGGACAAAGUUCUGCUUUAUGUCCAACAAGGGUUUGAACCAGACAACCAGACUUGAUUUAAGAAGUCAUGCACAAUUGGGGGGGGGGGGCACACGUCAUGGGAACACAGCCAGUGUUGUCAUUCCUUCAUGGCUCUUGCAAAACCAGCUGUGUAGGGUACCCUGUGAGGGUUUCAGAAUGAACCCAGCUUUGAAACCAGAAAGUAGAUUCUUGACCUUGUAACCCUUUGAACCUAAACAUAACUAACGGUCACUGUGGAAGCUCCCAGUUUCUCCCUUUUGCAUACCAAGUUUUCUGUAGCACAACAGGAAUAAAAG